AUCGCCGCCGACGCUGUCUUGAGCGCUGUCGACGUCGACAACACGGUCGGCACGCACGACGUCCAGAUCCUCCGCACGUACAGCUGCAAGUACAAGGGCUACAAGUCGUUUGCACCAAAGGGCGAGACAUCGAUCCUCGCGGGCCGCAUCAAGGCCAUCCGGAACGCGAAAAACUACAUUUACAUUGAAGACCAGUACUUUAUCCACGUGCCUGAGCUCCUUGACGAGCUCCUCAAGGUCCUCCCGCGCAUCCAGCGCCUCAUCAUCUUUACGGUCACGCCCGGCAAGGUCGAGCUUGCGUCCGGCUACCAAAAGUACCAGUACGACAUGAUGGCCCCGCUCCUUGAAAAGUUCCCGAAGAAGGUGCAGAUCUACAUUCCCGACCCGCGCCUCGGCAUCUACGUCCACUCCAAAGUCCUCCUCGUCGAUGACGUCUUUCUCUCACUCGGCUCGAGCAACUGGAACGUCCGCAGCAUGACGUCGGACGCAGAACUCGGUGCCAACAUUGUCGACACGGCGCACGUUCAAGAUGGCGCGAUCACGCGAGCUCACGGGCUUCUCGGUCGACUUGUCCAAGAAAUCGUUUUGGCCGCCGCCGAUGCCUUGGACGCGUACGCCAAGUCGCCCAACGCGUGGAUCCAGCCGUACGUGCUCUACUACAAGCCGUUCUGGGCCAUGUACGGCGAAAUCAUGAAGGACCUCGUGGACGGCGACGGUCGCUGCGCCAAACUCGAAGACGGCGAGAUCGAUAGCUGUGCAAACCUCGAGUGGCUCGAGACGCAGCCGCGCAUCGUUCAGGUCACGUGCGCGUGCCAGCGCGAUGGGCAUAUGCUGGAGAAGUGCGCCGAGAUGGAGCACUACAUUGCCGACGAACAAGCCCGCAUUGAAAACGACUUUUAA